UGAUUCUAUUAUCUCUCUGUUUUUCUCCAUAACACUGAUGCUGCCAACUAUCGAAUGUGAAUUACACAGAAAGAGAAUGAAUAGGGUUAGACAAGAUUCAGAGAACAACAGAAGAACAGAAGGCAUAGAAUUGCAACUGAGUAACUGCCUCUCAAAUUUUCCCACCUGUACAAUACAUUCGUGCCACAAUUGCCGAAUUAACUUUUCCAAAACGCAGCGCAUGACUGAUAUAAACGGCGAAGCAUUACUCUGUUAUUUACAACACAAACGACACCGUAUAAUUUAGCCAUACAAUUCCUAUUGCACUAAACGACGUCGUGCUAUUGAUAUUCAUUUGCCGGAACGACAUCUUCCACUGCCAACGACGACAGCUUCUGUGUUUCUUCCAUCAAUCACCAGAAUUGCCAGAUCUUCAAACAUCUUUGCACCAGAAAUUCCAUUCUCCUUUGUUCAAUUCACAUCAAACACGUUUCAAUUUCUAUAUUAAUUUAACUCUUGUUUUAAUUUAUCUUAUUAUUGUGAUCAGUUUUUGAAUUGUUGUUAAGCAGGUUGAGUUUAUGGCAAAAGAUAAAUUAAUGGAGAUUAUGCCUAAUAUGAGAAUGGAUUCUCUCAAUUUCAUCUGUGAUUAUUUUGGUCCCUUCUUCUCUCAAAUAUUCAUUAAACUGCUGCAGUGGCAUGUCGUGGCUUUGAAGAAGAGAGGAAAAUGCACAAUUCGGUCUCCUCAGUGGAUGCCUGUCAUUGUGUUUUGGAGGCAGAAUGAGAAGAUAAGGGACAUUUCAGAUUGUACCAUUCCAUUACAUAGAGAUAUUCAGACUUCUUUUUUGACCAUGGCUCAGAUUUUAUACUGGGGCAUUCUUUGGAACUUGGAGAUUAGCAAUCAGAGUUUCAAUAUUGUUGAUGUUGUGCCUGUAAACAUGGAGGAUCUAACUGGUAACUGAGUUGAUCAGGCCAGUUGGUUUUUGCUAGGUACUUGAAGAUACAAGUGAAUCAUGAAAUACUUGAUAGUAUUUGAUAAAUAGAUUCUUAUGUUAUUUGUAAUAACUUUUUGGUUUUGAGUAUAGGGAGUUACCAUUAUAGGAAAUUUAUGGUUUUUUGUUCUUAUUUUUUAUAAUUGUGGAUCACAUGGAGACUUUAAGUAAUUGUUACUAGAACAUAAUUAAUGUCAAUGAGUAUGUUUUGAUAAUCAAAA